CGCGCGCGGCCGCGGCCAGAAGGAGCCGGGUGCUCACGCGCCUCGCCGAGCGCGAAGGGGAUUUCGGCGAGCAUGAAGCGGGCGGUGCUGCGCGCUGGGGCGCGGAGGAGCUGAGCGAGGCUCUUGCGGGCGCUGGGGGGGGGGUGUCUCCGCCGCUCUUCCAUGGGGCUGAGCGACUGGCUGGAGGCUUGGUGCUGCUGCUGCGGCUGCCUCCGAGGACGGUGCCCGGGCGACGCGGCGCUUCCAGAGAAGGAGCCCCUGGUCAGUAAUAACAAUCCUUAUGCUUCAUUUGGAACAACUCAGGCAUGGGAUGAAGAGAAAAACUUGUGGAGUGCCCCUCAUGACAUCUCCCACACAGAAGCGGAUGAUGACCGGAUAUUGUACAACUUAAUUGUGGUUAGAGACAAAUUGGACAAAGAUUCUGAGGAAUGGCAAAAGCUGAACUAUGACAUCUAUACCCUGCGGCAAAUGCGAAGGGAAGUGAGAAACAGGUGGAAAUGCAUUUUGGAAGAUUUGGGUUUUCUGAAGGAAGCAGACACCCUGUUAUCCGUGACCAAACGAAGCAUUGUCAGUGACUCUCAGAACAUGAGCAAAGCCCGGGAGAUCCUCUUGAGGCUGUCUGAGGAGACAGCUAUUUUCCCAACAAGCUGGGAGCUUUCAGAGAGAUACCUCUUUGUGGUGGAUCGUCUCAUUGCCCUUGAUGCUGCUGAUGAAUUCUUUCGAAUUGCCAGUGCAACCUAUCCAAAGAGUGAAAGAUGUGCAGUGAAAGAGGAAGUCAAUCUGAUUGCGGUCCAGUUCAGUUCUUCUCUGUCAUAACACUGAUCACCUUUGGAUGGACUUUUGAUUUUGAAGGGAUUGGCCAGAGUAAUGUGACUUCUUCCUUCAGGAAACUAGUAUAUCUCAGAAAUGCAGGAUAAAUCCAGGAUGAUGCACCUGUUGUACCUGUUGUAUAGCGUGAUGCAAUAGAGACUCACCUUGACUCAGGAGAAAGUCUGUGAUUGGAGCCUGCUAUAAGCUUUGGUGCUAGAUUAGAUACUGGCAGUAGUCUUACAGCUGCAGUGAAUAUAAAAAGUGCAGCGACAGAAACCUCCUGUACUGCUUCCGAUGUAAUGUUUUUCUCUUUGACAGCUUGGUACAAUUGGUACAGUUAUUUCCCAUAACUGACUAUUUUCCUGUGUUCCUGUUUAAGUGGGAUUUUAACAGGGUGGAAAGUUAACUCCUUUUAAAACUGCCAUUUCAUCAAAUUCCUUCUCUCUUGAGAAUACACCAUGUAUCGUGCCAGGAAAACUCCUCAUAUCCAUCUAUGCAAUUAGAGAUUCUCUGUCUGGUAGAUGUGGGUGACGUAUUCAUCAACAAUGGCAGAAUGUUGUGAGAAC